AAAAGUAUAUCGUUGCGUACACAGUGCUAUUUCAAAAUAUUAAAUAAUUUAAGAAGAAAAGACAAAAAAGACAAGUAUUAAAAUUUAACAGAGGAAACAAGAACCGUUUACAAGAAAAGAUUUCAUUUUUCGUUCAUUCAUUCACUCAUUCAAUUAACAAUUACUGUGAAUUAUUAACAAUCUAAGAGGACUAUAGUAUGUCGGUGCUAUACUCAAUACUUUUGAUAAUGUUGGGAUCCACCUUAACAGUGGCUCAGCGGCGUUUGGCUUUACCGGAUCCACGGAGUUGUGCCAAUCGUGUUCGCCAUGCUACUUAUCGGGACGCUCGUGGUGUUGCUCAUUCAUAUUUUUUUAGUUGGGAACAUGCCCCCACCCGUAGCUUGGAAGUCGAUUGGCUAGAUUCUCGUAAUAUUUGUCGACGUCAUUGCAUGGAUGCUGUUUCAUUGGAGACACCUCAAGAGAACGAAUUUGUUAAGCAACGUAUAGCUCGCGGCAAUGUCCGUUAUAUCUGGACUUCGGGGCGUAAAUGCAAUUUUGCCGGCUGUGACCGUCCAGAUCUACAGCCGCCCAAUGAAAAUGGCUGGUUCUGGUCGGGUUCGGGCGCGAAAAUAGGGCCCACAUCUUCUCGCAAUACUGGUGAUUGGUCUCACACUGGCGGUUACAAUCAGCCCCAGCCGGAUAAUCGCGAAGCCGCCCAGGGCAACGACGAAUCUUGCCUUUCCAUCUUAAAUAAUUUCUAUAACGACGGAAUUAAAUGGCACGACGUGGCCUGUCAUCAUAUCAAACCUUUUGUUUGCGAAGACUCCGAUGAGUUAUUGAACUUUGUACGCUCUCGUAAUCCCGGUCUACGUUUGUAAAGAAUAUAUCCUUUUAUGCUUUCACAUCUAUCAUCUCAGUACCUACUUACCACCCAUCAUUCUUGUUUUGUUUAUAAAAAAGGAUUGUUGUUUUUUUUUUUAAUUUUUCUCUAAAUUAUGCGAAAACGUUUAAAAGCACGCGCUUAUUAGAAAUUUUCUUUAAGUUUAAUUUUAAAUAACAAAAAAAUGUAAAUUAUGUAAUAAUUGAAUUAAAGAAAAAAUAUUUGUUAUAAUAUAUCUCUCUCUCAUCUUGAAUUUGUUAUUGGAAAAAUUAUUAUUUAUAGAUUUUAUAAAAAUGUUUUAUAUAAAAAAAAGGAAAAGAGAUCUUUUUGUUUUAUCCGUUUAUCCGAAGCAAAAAAAAAAAAUGAUCAGUUUUGUGCAUUUAUACUUUAAUAAAUUGAUUCUUUUAAAGAAAAAAACAAAUCAGCAGAAAAAUUUGUGUAUCAUUGCUUGCAAGAAUUUUUGGAAACUUAAAGUCUUUAGGUGUAAAAAGCAGAGAAAACCAAUCGCAUGGAAUUACAGAGAUGAAAGUAACCGUAAAAAGCACUAAAAACCGUAUAUCAACCGCGUGUUGGAAAGAGCAGCUUCGCUUGAUAAUCACACGUGAGCAAAGCGUUUCUGGA